GAGAGACAGAGAGAGAGAGAGAGAGAGAGAGAGAGACCUCCGCUCAAAUACAGGCUCAGCGAUGGCAUCGGGAGCAGGGGCAGUGGCCCAGCGGAGAGGGUCCGGGGCCCCUGGGGUGGUCGUGGCCCCCGUGGAUCGCAGGACAGUGGAGAGGACCUGCAGAUACCUGGAGAAGCUGAACAAGCUGUGCCAGAACCCGAAGCUGGGCCUCCGGAACAGCCCGCCUUACCUCCUGGAGCUGGUCCCAGACUCCCUCCAGCACCUGCAGCUCGUGGUGGAGGUGUCGGAGCUGCGCAAGGAGCCCCCCUGGCAGCAGGAGUACUUCUGCGUGUACCUGAGGAAUCUGCAGAGCAAAGCGCAGCAAGCCAUCCGCAUCUUCAAGGAGGGCAAGGAUAGGAUGUACGAGGAAGGGUCGCCCUCAAGGAGGAACCUCACGAAGCUCUCUCUGAUCUUCAGCCACAUGCUGGCUGAGGCCCGGGCUCUGUAUCCCGAUGGCCAGCCCCACAGCGGCCCCUACAGGCUGACCAAGAGUGAGGCGGCCAACUUCUGGAAGAGAUCCUUCGGGGACAGGUGUCUGGUUCACUGGUCCUGUUUCCAGGAGCAGCUCUGUCGAGUUCAUUUUUUCCAGCAUGGUUUGGAGUCUGUGGCUCUCAAAUCCACCAUCGACCUGACCUGCAACGAUCACAUCUCUGUCUUUGAGUUCGACAUCUUCACACGGCUCUUCCAGCCGUGGCCAACCCUGCUGAAGAACUGGAAUCAUCUGGCUGUGACUCACCCAGGGUACAUGGCCUUCCUGACCUACGACGAGGUGAAGAUCCGCCUGCAAAACUACAGCAGCAAGCCAGGCAGCUAUGUCUUCAGGCUGAGCUGCACCCGGCUGGGGCAGUGGGCGAUCGGCUACGUCACUCGGGACGGCAACAUCCUGCAAACCAUCCCCCAGAACAGGCCUCUCUUCCAGGCUCUGAUGGAGGGCUACCGCGAGGGCUUCUACCUGUACCCAGACGGGCGGAACAUUAACCCCGACCUGUCCUGUUUAAAUGAACCCGCCAAUCAGGAUCACAUCAGAGUGUCGCAGGAGCAGUAUGCAUUGUACUGUGAGAUGGGCUCCUCAUUCCAGCUGUGUAAGAUCUGUGCCGAGCAUGACAAGGACAUUCGGAUCGAGCCCUGCGGGCACCUGCUGUGCAACCACUGCCUCCACGCCUGGCUGGAGUCAGACAGCCAGACCUGCCCUUUCUGUCGCUGUGAGAUCAAAGGCAUGGAGCCCAUUGUGGUCGACCCCUUCAACCCACCCCAGGAAGGUCAAGUUCAGGGGAUGAAAGUCAACGAGGGGUCGGAGGAGCUGGAGGAGGAAGAGGAGGAUUUGGAAGAUGUGGAGCAGGUGAUGAAGAUAGUGGCUUCCACGAAGCAGUCCCAAGAUCUCUCGUCCCCCACCCUGUCCUCUCCCCUGCCCCCCCCUAUGUCCAUCCCUCCUGUCCCCCCCCGAUUAGACCUGCUAUCAACCAGAAGCCCUGGCCUUCCCACACCACAGGCCUCUUUAAAUUCUGGGGCCCCCCCGGGGAGGAACCCCCCCCACCACCCUGCGGUGCCCCCCCGAUCACCGGCACUGAGACAACGCACCCUCUGCGCAGCAGACCUGCUCAACAGGACAGCCAGCCUGCCGGUGCCAGUAGAGGUUGACGCUGAGCAGUAUGACAAUCGUGUGAACGCACUGAAGUCCAGUCUCUCAGUGCAAGAGCCUGCCCCGUCACGAAUCUGGACAUUGGAGGAGAGAUCGAGCAGCGAGGAGGAGGAGGAGGGGCAGGAGGCGGGGCUAGGGAAGGGGCAGGGGGGCGGCACUGAAACAAACCCUGUGCUCACCAUCCUCUCCUCUCUCAACAGCAGCCACCCCCGCAGGAACCUCGUCUGGAGUAACGCAUUCUGCUCGGAGCAGCGGGGGUCCCACAAUGCACUGCAGCCUCCUCUGGUCAGCCACCAGUCAUCAGGGUGCACAGAAGCCCCACCCACCUCCCAGGAUGGACCAAUGGCGACGUUGCUGCGGGAGGGCUACAGCCAACAGGAUGUGGACAAGGCCCUGAGCAUCGCCCCCUCCAAUCUGGAGCUGGCCAGAGCCAUCCUGAUAUCAUUCACCUCGACUGGACACAAGAGGCUCUGAGAGAGGAGAGGAGAGGAGAGGGGAGAGGGGAGGAGAGAGAGAGGAGAGGGGCAGAGAGGAGAGAGG